AGAAAAGUGCAGCUUAAUCUCAAAAGACUUUGGAAGAGAUUACAGGAGGGAUUUGGUCAUUAUUUUGGAUCUGAACUGAGUAGUCAUUAUCAGAAGGGGGGACCCAACAUCACAUGCAUUUCGGACAAAGUAAUAAAUUAAAGAGAGCCACAUAAUAGUAGCCUUUCACCAAAAUGGAAAACCCUUACAACUGCACGACUAUUCUCACUUUUGAUUUCACUUUCCUCGUAUGGAAAUCCCCCUCUGUUCCCACCACCUAGUUGUUGUCCUCCGUAGAUAGAUCUCUGUUCUGAUGCUUUAAAAGUUGCACACAGUACUUUUGUGUCAUCAGUAGUACUAGUUUUGUUUUGUGUUGAAGGAGAGGGGAAAAAUGGGUCGGGGAAAGAUUGAGAUAAAGAAGAUAGAGAAUUCAACCAACAGGCAAGUCACUUAUUCAAAGCGGAGGAAUGGGAUUUUCAAGAAAGCCCAUGAACUCAGCGUUCUCUGUGAUGCUAAGGUCUCACUCAUCAUGCUUUCUGGUACUAAGAAGUUCCAUGAAUACACCAGCCCUUCCACUACGACAAAGAAGGUUAUUGACGAAUAUCAAAGCAUUACUGGAAUUGAUCUGUGGAAUACCCACUACCAGAAAAUGCAAGCACAUUUAAGAAGACUGAAGGAUGUCAACAAUAAACUGAGGACAGAGAUCAGGCAAAGAAUGGGGGAAGAUCUGAAGGAUCUGAGCUGGGAACAGAUGUAUAAUCUUAAGGAGAACAUGCACGAAGCCAUUGCUCUAAUUCGUGAAAGAAAGGUGUCUGUUCUUAAUUAUUGUUCAUUUCUAAGGAUUUUCCUACCAAAUAUCCAAAAUUGAAACUUGGAUUUCUUCAAAUAUUUUUUGUGUGAUUAUGGGAAUCAAAAUGGUGGUGGUACGUUUUGAGUUUAAUUCUGAGUUUGCCAUGUUUGCAGUACCAUGUCAUCAAAAAUUCAACUAACACCUGCAGGAAGAAGGUCUGUACUUCUGAUCUCUUACAACUCAUUAUCAUUAUUCAUAGUAUAGAAAUCAACUAAUUACACCGCUCAACUAUUACCCUAUUUAGGUGAGAAACCUCGAGGAAAGGCAUGGAAAUCUCCUGUUUGACCUGGUAAUUUCAUUAACACAAACUUUAUAUCUACCUAGCUGUAUACUUCAUUUUAUCAUUAUUACUCUUUCUUAUCCCCUUCCGCUUUCUUAUAAUUGUCGUAUUUGUUGUAAGAUAACCAUUUUUUGGAUAGAUGGAAUAAUUGUUAUGUUACGUGGUUUCAACGCGCACCUAAAGUCUCUCUUUUUUUUUUUUUUUUUGUAAAGGAAACAAGAUAUGAGGAUCCAAAGUACGGAAUAGUGGACAAUGCCGGGGAUUUCAACUCUGCUGUUGCUUUUAUUGAUGGAGGAGGAAUUCCCAAUCUCUAUUCAUUCAGAUUGCAGCCUCGUCAUCCCAACCUUCAAAAUCUCCGCUUAUCUUAGUCAACCCAUUAAUCGAUCGAUGAUCAUUAAUCAAUCUAUUUUAAAGCUCCGAGAUAUGUAUCUACUAUCUGUUUGUCUAGCUGAUCAUAAAAUGACAUUAUGAUAAUCGGCGUUUAAAAUCAAUUCCUAUAUGGAUGUUAGUUUUAUUGUUAGUACCCUGUUAUAUACUGAUGAAGAGAAUGGUACGCAGAGCUGGCAGGCAAUUCAUGUGCUCUGAAUUAACUUUAAGCUCUUUACCAGUCUAAGCUUAUCUAAUCGAUGUUUUAUGCUUACAUGGUUCUGUCUCCCUGCAAAGAUCUUAAAUCAAAUUUAGUUGCAUUCAUAAUCGCCCUAAAAUCGUCGUAAAGUUGUGAAAAAAAUAGUGCAACAAACGAACUUGUUAUCUUGUACUACUAAUGGAUACAACCAUUAAAUGCAGUAGAUUACUAGUGUUUCGAUUGUAUAUCAUAUAAAAUAUAAUUUUCAAAGGGGGAUGUAAUUGUCUACUGAUAGUUUUUUAUUUGGAGUUUUAUUGAUUACGUACAAGUA